UGGAUUAGCCAAAAUGGUAUAUGUUUGAGGCUGCCAUUUCAAAUUAGCCCAUCCAACUUCCCGCCUACGAAGACUCGUAAGUUUCUCUGCCAUAGAGAGAUGAUCUGGAUCUGGGGUUCCAUCAGAUCAACAUUCAGUAUUAGUCUCUGCAUAUACAUCACCCGCAGUGCUACCGGCAAGAAGGUAAGUUUCGCGCUCGAUGUUAUACUGGAGAACCAACGACCCCUCGAUGACAUAGAGAAAGGCUUUAGUUGCCUACGAACCGAACUGCUUCUAACUAAAACUCGCCUGUUUGCACCUCAUGAGAUCAUUCAAAGAAAGGUGCUUCAAAAUGUUAACCAAAACCUCCGCCGGGAGAGCCGUAAUAAUGAGUC